UCUUUAUGCAUUCUCUUUUAUACGUAUAAUAAUAAUAAUACCUAACCAUUUUCUAUGAUUUACAUGAAGAAAUGCCAAGAAGAAUUUUAAAGUAAGAUUUACUAAUAAAAAUUAGAAAACAUACUCAAAAACAGUCCUCUCCACCCCCUCACUUCCACUUGCAUACUUGAUCAAGAAAUGAAAUAAAAAAUAUUAAGACUAUCGAGUCAAGCUCAUAAGACACAAAUCUGGACUUUGGAGACUCAGCUCCUUCCCGCUUUUGGUAGCUUAGGUGAGGAGGAGAGCAAAUGGAUCGAGUCAGUCUGUAGAGAGAUAGCAAGGCUGAUUAUAGUUUUCCUGGCCUGCAAAGCUGUUCCCAGAGCCCUCAGUAUACAGACCUUGGCCAUCAGUAUACAUGCUCCCUGGUGGGGGUUUCUGGGCCUCAAAUCCCUUAAUAUCUAGGCUGGUGCUAAAGUAAUUUCGUAAACUUUUAAUGGCAAAAACCACAAUUACUUUUGCGCCAGCCUAAAUAUUGUUAUUUAGAGAAACUACGCAUUCCCUAGCUCUCUUAGGGAAGCCUACAGAUAGGUAACAUGGCAAAGGAAUGACAUUAACUGUCUCAUUCUCCUUGGGAGUGCUCUCCACAUGUUCAGUGUCCCAGUGAAGAGAACCUUUCUAACAGGACCUUCAUCAUGAUACAUAAGGAAUAUCUAUGCCAGGCCACAUCUGCAGAUUAGUGAGUCUCUGAGAACUGCGUCUUUUCUGCUAUUUUUCUGCUUGAAAGUUUUUCACCAGUAAGUCCUGCACUAUGUUUGCACCAUGUAGUGCUAGUUAUUUGUGUACUUUUGCAUGACACUAGUAAUAUUAUCCAAACAAAAUUUCAAAAACCACUUUCUGUAGUUGGUAAAUAUAUAGAAAUGAGAGAAAAAAGAAAGAAAUAUGAGGAAGAAAGAUGUUAUCUGUUGCAAUAGUUAAAUGUUCUUAACUGAAGCCACAGAUGAGAUGUGACUCAUUUGCAGACAUACCAGUGAUUGGUACAGUAGAUUUAGAAACAGUUUAAACUUGCAAGCUUAAGCUUCCAUUUAUAAAGAGAAGUUUAAAAUCAUAGGUCCUGUUUAACAUUCAGCUCUGUUAACUUACUCUCAUCUCUUUGUUUUUUUACACUUUGUCAAGAUUUCUUCACGUAUUUAUCAAUGUCUGAAGAAGUUACUUAUGCAGAUCUUCAAUUCCAGAACUCCACUGAGACAGAAAAUAUCCGAGACAUUGACAAACUUGGGGGAAAAGCAGCUCCCGCUCCCUCUCGUGUAUGGCGCCCAGCAGCCUUGUUUCUGACUCUUCUGUGCCUUCUCCUGCUCAUUGCGUUGGGAGUCUUGGGAAGCACAUUUUACAUAACUUUGAAGAUAGAAAUGGAAAAAGUGAAUGAACUACAAAAUAUCAAUGAAGAGCUUCAGAGAAAUGUUUCUCUACAACUGAUGAGUAACAUGAAUAGCUCCAACAAGAUCAGGAACCUCUCCACCACACUGCAAACAACAGCCACCAAAUUAUGUCGUGAGCUAUAUAGAGAAAAAAAAGAGCACAAUUGUAAGCCUUGUCCAGAGAGAUGGGUGUGGCAUGAGGACAGCUGUUAUUUCCUAAGUGAUGAUUCCAAAACCUGGCAGGAGAGUCGAAUGGCCUGUGCUGCUCAGAAUGCCAGCCUGUUGAAGAUUAACAAUAAAAGUGCAUUGGAAUUUAUAAAAUCCCAAAAUAAAUAUUAUUGGUUGGGAUUAUCUCCCAAAAAAGAUCGCACUAAUGGUGAGAGUGUUGAUAAUAUAAUCAACUCCUCUGACUGGUUCUUGUUUAUGUAAUUCUGAAGAAAUUGCAGCAACAGUCAAAUGAGGAGCCCAGCCUUUCCUAGCAGAGCUAAGAUCCCCAGAAUAAAUACCGAGUUCCUUCUUUACCAAGGAUAUCAAACCUGCUCUCAGAAUUUAUCAACAGGAAACAGGCCAUGAGCCCUGUUACAGCAGGAAGUGUGAAAAAGGUAAUGGGAAGCUUUCAUUUUGGGGAUGCAAACAGAUUAUAAAUAUAGAAAAGUCUAGUAGGUUUUCUCAGGGCCAGUUUUAAUAUUUGGGAGUCAACUCCUCUGUAGAGAGAUUCUAACAGCUUCUGAAGAUUACAAACAGCAGGAUAAUGUGAUUUAAACUGUGCUUGACUUUUGCAUAAGCUUCACGUAUGAAUAAUUUUUUAGGCUCCAAUAAUAUCUACUAUAACUCUACCAAUAUCAUUAUCCUAUUGUUUUUCUUUUUACACAUCGAAUGUACUUUAACAGAACCAUGUAACGAAAUCUCUUUACAUUUGCAGGACAGUUUUACUUUCAGUUUUCUUUUCCUUUGUUUAAAGCUAACUUACAACUUGAUGAGAGAGAUCUAAGAUACCCAAUUCAUUGUUGGUAGGACUAGGAUAUAAGACUGGUAUUCCCGGUGCUGUCUCGAAAAUGCCUUGAAUCCUGGACCAAAAGCAACCUGCAGAGAAGAAUCUCCCACCUAUAGUAUCUGUGAGGAUAGCAGCAUCGCUACUGAGGAUAUUUGUAGGAGCUGAAGUCAGUUGCGCUGUGGAUAAAUUCUAAUUCGUAAAUGCUGCAUCAUACACUGUGGAUGACAUCAGCUGAAGGAUGCUUGCCCUUUGGCUUCAUUGUACUUUUUCUAAGAAUAAUUAUACAUGUUUUCUAUCCUUUCUCUAAACAUAACUCCAUGACAACACUUUGAAGACAGUCUUUACUAGUAAACUCUGCUACCAUUUCUCCUUUAUUCCAGGCUAUUACAUUCAGCUGCCAGCUGUCAGCUGUGAAAACCAAACACAGGAGGCAGUAUAUGUUAUGUUUUCUCUGCUAUUCUUUUCCAAGUUCGGCAGAACACUAGAGAAAAGUCUCUUUUAUUUAAACGUCCACAUUUAAACUCCAGGUCAAAGAUAAAUAAAAAUAAAACAUGCUUUUCCCUUCCUUACAUGAACUUAUCCAUUGAAAAAAAAAAAAAAAAAAAAAAACCUUUAGGUAACAAGGUAUUUAGUUUUAUUUACAUGAUUUCCACUGACUUGGUGAACUAGGUUGUAUUUCUACUUUAUAUAUUUGAGUGAUGCCUUUUUUAUUUUUAUUUUUUGGGACAGAAUCACACUCCUUCACCCAGGCUGGGGUGCAGUGG